AUGGCGCCCACUCUCCCCUUUGAACUGAAAGACCCCGACCUGCUCCACCAGGACUCGUACGUCGACGGCCAAUGGGUGGGGUCAAAGAGCGGCAAGCGGUUCGAGGUGAUCGACCCGGGCACGGACAAGGCGUGGGCGUCGUGUCCAGACAACGCAGUCGAGGACGUUGACGCGGCGAUCCAGUCGUCUCAGCGGGCGUUUAAGGAAUACAGCAUCCUGAACCCACGGAAACGGGCCCAGCUGCUGCUCAAAUGGCACGAGCUGAUCACCGAGGCCAAGGAGGACCUGGCGAAGAUCCUGACCUACGAGACGGGCAAGCCGCUGGCUGAGGCGCUCGGGGAGCUGGACUACUCUCUGGGAUUCACGUGGUGGUUCGCAGGCGAGGCUGAGCGCAUUUCCGGGUCAAUCGCGGUGCCGUCGGCGCCCAACAGGCGCACCUUUGUCAUCAAGCAGCCCAUCGGGGUCGCGGUAGCCCUGGUGCCGUGGAACUUCCCGAUUGCCAUGAUCCUGCGCAAGGCGGGCGCGGCGUUCGCAGCCGGCUGCACCAUGGUGGUCAAGCCGAGCCCGGAGACACCGCUGACAUGCUUGUCGCUGGCACAUCUGGCGACCAAGGCCGGCUUCGCGCCGGGCGUGUUCAACGUGCUGACCACGAGCCUUGCCAACACACCGUCGCUGAGCGAAGCCAUGAUCUUGCAUCCUCACGUCAAGAAGGUCACCUUUACCGGGUCGACGCGCGUGGGCAAGCUCGUGGCCGGGCUAUGCGCCCAAGGUCUGAAGAAAUGCACGCUCGAGCUGGGUGGCAACUGCCCGUUCAUUAUCUUCGACGACGCCGACCUCGACCAGGCGCUCACGCAGUUCAUGGCUCUGAAAUGGCGCCAUGCCGGCCAGGCCUGCAUCACCGCCAACCGAGUGUACGUGCAGGCCGGGGUGUACGAAAAGUUCACCCAGCUGCUGGUGGCCAAGACCAAGAGCCUCAAGGUUGGCCACGGCGCCGCCAAUGGCACCACCAUGGGUCCCGUGACCACGCCGCGUGGCCUUGCCAAAGCCGAAGAACAGGCUGCCGACGCGCUGAAGCACGGCGCCAAACUCGCCCUCGGCACGGGCAAGGCCUACAAGAACAGCACGGCCGCCGAGGGCGCGGGUGACGGCAAGGGCGUCGGCGGAUACUUCAUGGACCCGACCAUCCUGACGGACAUGACGCCUGAGAUGCUGCUGAGCCGCGAGGAGACCUUCGCCCCCGUCGCCGGCAUCUUCAAGUUCGAGACCGAGGAAGAGGCCGUGCGCUUGGCCAACAACACCUCCAUGGGUCUGGCCAGCUACGCCUUCACCAAGAACGUCGACCGGUUGUGGCGCAUGUUUGAAAAUCUGGAGGCCGGCAUGAUUGGACUGAACACCGGAAACUCCUCCGCCGCAGAGUCCCCCUUCGGCGGCAUUAAGGAGAGCGGCUACGGUAAGGAAUCCGGCAAGGACGUCGCCGUCAACGAAUACCUCAUUUCCAAGACGGGCACCUUCACCAUUGACGGUCAAUAUUGA